AUGACGCAACGGAUAGUCCAGGAGCCGUCGACAGUCGUGGCAACCGAAGUCAUGGGUUAUUUCCUUCGCAGUAAGAAGGGAUAUGAACACCUGUUAGUAUUCCAGGAUUUAUUCUCAAAAUGGAUCAAGUUCGCACCGUUGAAAAAGGCCAAUGCUGAAAGCAUUAAUGUAGCUUUCUUGAAAUUAGUAGUUACCAGGUGGAGCACAUCCAAGGUGCUACAUUCUGACAAUGGCGCCGAAUUCAAUAAUAAUGCGGUGAACAAGCUCGCGGUGGAGAUCAUCGAAACUGGGACUCCAGCGUUUCUUAAUUUGGAGCAGGAGGCCCGUUCGCGAAAGACUAUUCGCAGUUUAAGGGAAGGGGAGGCCGAGUUGCCACCACCCGACCUUCAGGUCUGGCCAACUCAGAUGGCACGACUGGAGCACUUAAGAAUCCUCGAGAGAAUUCCCUCGACGAUUGAGAAUGUAUUAAAAACGAACAUCGAGGUUCAUAACGCGGAAUGGAAUCGAAACCUGAAAAUAAUCUGCAUGGCAUACAACACUAUGAAGCAUUGCAGCACAGGAUACUCACCUUUUCUAUUGACCUUUGGAAGAGAGGCCUAUUUGUCCUCAAUGCCAAGCACAAUAGCCAACGUCAAAUAUGAGGAACUACUCGAUCUAUGGAAGCGUAUACAUAAACACUAUCUUGAAAAGGCUAAUGAAAAAAUAGAGACACAGGAACUAAAGUACAAACAACUGCAAGACUCGAGAAUUGCCAUACCACAGGGAAUACAUGAACCCGGAGAUCUUAUGAAACUUAUUAACGAUUAUCAAGCUACUAAACUCUCUCCUUCACGCAAAAUCAGAAGCAAUGAUGCCUGCAAGAACAAAAGUGAAAAGGGCUUAAAGGCCGCCGGUUUUGGAGGUUCCGUGCUUUGUUAA